AUGUCUGAUUUUGAUAUUAUGACGAAUUUUGUCAUCAAUAAUUUCAUAGAAAAUGCUGUUUGUGUAAACGAAGAUAAUUGCGUUAGAAAUGAUUUUCAUAAACCUUUAUCGGAUCCAUUUACACAGACCGAACAAAUAUUUAUAAAAAAUUUUCGUUUAACAAAACCCGUUGCACGUUGUCUGAUUGAUAUGUUAAGACCAUUUCUUAAAGUGCCAAGCCGUUUGUCAUCGAUUGAUAUAGACACUAAAGUGCUAGUUGCCUUAAACUUCUUUGCUACAGGAUCAUACCAAACACCGGUUGGCAACAGUAGAUACACUUUAUUGUCACAAGCUUCAGUUUCUUGUUGCAUUAAAGAGGUUGUAACAGCUCUCAACAAUCCUACUAUAUUUAACUCUUGGGUUAAAUUCCCAAACAGUAUCCGUGAGCUCACUGCAGUUCGUCACGAGUUUUAUCGUAAAACUGGAUUUCCAGGCGUGAUUGGAUGUUUGGAUUGUACCCAUGUAGCUGUAGUACCUCCAUCAAAAAAUCUCAAUCUAAAUGAAAACAGGUACCCUGAGUACAUGUAUGUGAACCGUAAAAAUUAUCAUUCGAUAAACGUUCAACUAAUAUGUGACGUAAAUCUAAAAAUAUUUAAUGUAAAUGCAUUAUUUCCGGGUAGUACACAUGACGUACACAUCUGGAAUAAUAGUAAAGUUUCAAAUACCCUUCAAGAAUUACAUUCCAGAAAUUUUAACAACUUCUUUUUAUUAGGAGAUUCAGGUUAUCCGUUACGGCCUUGGCUACUCACGCCUAUAACACACCCCAUCACAGCAGCUGAAGAGCUUUACAACAAAAAACAAAUGUCUACAAGAAGUAUCAUCGAACGAUGUAAUGGUGUGCUCAAAAUGCGUUUUAGGUGUCUUCUCAAGGAUAGGGUAUUACAUUAUAAACCCGAAAAAGCAUCUCAGAUUAUUAAUGCAUGUGUUGUAUUACACAAUAUGUGCAUUGAAUACAACGUUCCUGAAAUUGAAGAGACUGAAGAGGAUAUUGAUAUGGGAAUUAAUCAGGACCAAAGACCAUUUGAGGAGCAACAUGACAAUCGGAAUCAGUAUUUAAUGCAAGGAAAACAGCAACGAGUUAAAAUAACACAGUUACUUGAAAAUAGAAAUUUACAUGUAUAA